AUGGAGCAGCCGCUGGCUGCCCGUGCGGACGCCCUGCGCGUGGCGCCGGCGCAGGCCCAGCGCGCCCGCCCGGUGCGCCAGCUGCGCCGGGUUCAUUUUGUACACGGCCUGCUCUCCACGGUCUUGUGCUGGCCCAGCCGGUUUGCGGGGAUAGUGCACACGAGAGUCGUGUUCGCGGAGAGGGGGCAGGUCUUCCUGGCAGGCCCCCGGGGCUUUCUCUCCGCAGCCACGCGAGCUCGAGCCGCCCCCUCCCCGUGCACUCGGCUGGCACAUCUCUUGGGCAGGAUGUCGUCGCUGGCGCGCAACGUGGCUCUCCUGCGCAGCCGCGAGCUGGGCGCGAGCACGGCGCAGCCCCAGCACCAGCCGCCCGCCGCAUCCUUCUUCGACCGCAAGCUGCGCGUCGUGCAGAUCCGCUCCCGGCUCACAGAGGAGCAGCGCGGCGGUCUCGGGCCAGCGCCCGCAGCCGAGCCCGAGGGGGCGGUGGCGCCGCUUUGCCCCGAGACGGCGCCACGGGUGGCCUCCGCCGGCGAGACGACGAGCUGGGCGGGGGCGGCGGUGCUGGCGCUCCGCGCGCGACGGCCCAGCGGAGGCCCCGCGGCCGCCGAGGGCGCGCCCGCGGCGGCGUCGGAGCCCGCCGCAGAGCCCGCCGCCGAACACGCCCAGGCGGCCAGGCCGGAGGCCCCGCCGCGCCGCCCCAGCCCGGGAGGCCCGCCGCCGUGCCCGCAGGGCGGCGCCGCGCACGCCGCGCACGCCGCGGCGGCCUGAGCAGCAGCCAGCCGACGAUUUUCGGAGUACACCCUACUUAGGCGAUGCUUAAGAAAACUUGAAUUUUCGGCCAGAGUCUCUUGUGGGUUUUUAUUCAAGUUCUGAGACUGUGAAUUUCUUAACCCAUGAUUUCUUAAGCAUUUCGCAGGGUGUAGCGGCCUGAGCAGCAGCGGCCUGAGCACCCGCCAGCAGCAGCCCGCCACGGCGGCCCGAGCAGCCGCCAGCAGUCCUCCUGCAGCGGAGGUCGGGCGAUUAGAUGUUUCCCCGUGAGUUGGUCCCCCCCCCGACGGCGAGCCUCAGUAGUUACCCCUUGGCGCAUCGUUUUGUGUGCCGCUUAGCCUCUGUAGUUGCCCCUUGGCGCAUCGUUUCGUUUGCUGCCGCCCAGCCGCAUGCCGCAGUCAUGCGUCUGAGCUAACAGUGCGAGACGCCUCCACCAGCUUCGCCCCACGCGAGCAGUUGUUCUGUUCGCCUGGUGGCGGAUAUGCAUGUGCGGCUGGGUUUUCUGCGUCACUGUCGUGCUGCACCCCCUCUUUUUAUUCAUUGGCAUGCGCGUUUCUCCUGCUCACGCGCCGGCGUAUGGCAUCUCGACCGAGAGUCGCAAGCUUUCAUUUCGGAGUUUGAUCACGCGGCCUGCAGACGUUCAGUCUGCCCACCCUGGAGGGUACUGCCUCUUGGCGGAUUUAGGGGCUUAUCGAUACAACUGUUGCACCAGGGUUCUGGAGGCAGCAGGAGGAUCAGGAGCAGUAUCAUGGUCAGUUCAAUACCCGCAUACGUUCAGCGCUCCGGUUGAGCUGGCGCGGGCAGUGAGCUCUAAACUUUUCACUUAUUGUUGACUUUUGGAGGGUGCGCCGACGGUGCAGUUGCUCUGGAUCAUGCUGCAGUGUUUUGGCGAGGUGUUGGAAGCUCCAUGCUCACCUUGAAAAUGCGCAAGUUUAUCACGUGCGCCGGUUCAGCGCCACGUGCGAACUUGCGCGGGUAGGGCACCUCGUACCCCUUUUUGUGGACGCUCGGGAUGAGCACCCGUGCUGCGGUUGAUCUCAGAGUUGGUGCCUGCUCUUGCCAGGAUCUUCGAUGUCCCACGCGCUCCCCGCGCACGCUGGGAAAAGGCAGGACACACACACACACACAAAAGUCAGCGCAGUGGGAAGGAGGGGGGUGCGAGGGGCAGGAUGCCACAAGUAGGACAAAAGUCAGCGCAG